AUGCCUUUUCUAUUGGUUACUGGCCCCCCAGCUUGUGGUAAGUCUACAAUUGUGGAGAGGAUACAGGAGUACUUCAUAGGCCAAGGCAAACCAACGAAGGUCGUUCGAGAUGAUGACUGUCCAAACUUCAGCAGAGACGAUUACGGGUAUGAAUUAUUUCUCAUUGGAAAGCUUUGUACAACUACGUUUGCUGUGCUUUACUGCCAUGCUGAUGAGUCUACGUGCAAGUGGUUGAAUGGCCAAAAGAACGAGAAUGCAAGGUAUAAGGAAUCUGUCAUCACCGAACUGUUCAUGCGAUAUGAGAAACCGGAUCCGCGUAAUCGAUGGGAUUCUCCGCUUUAUGAAAUCAUGAUCGGAAGCAGUGAAAGUUAUCCUGAGGAAGCACCUGACGAUAUGGGCAUUGACUUGGAGCAUCCAUCCCCGAGGUUUGCAGAUAUUCCCUUGUCAGAACUCUUCAGUUGGAUGUGUGAGGGAAAACCACUCAUACCGAACCAAAGCACCCAAGUGGCCCCCAUAGCGCCGAUCAACUUUUUCCAUGAGCUUGCUCAUGUUACUCAGGAGGUGAUAAGCGAAAUUAUUCGAGGGCAACGAACUGCAGUUGUUGGGCAGCACAUAGUUAUCACAGCGUUCAAUCCAACCCCUGACACGGUGGUUGUCGGAAGGUGUCGAACUUUAGCCGAACUCACGCGGCUGAGGCGACAGUUUAUCAAUACGACCAAAGGUAAUCCAGUCGACAGCAAGACCAAGAUAGCUUCCUUGUUCAUACAUUUCCUCAACACUAAUUUAUGA